CGCUGUCCUUGGCUUGGAGAACCUGUCCACUGGGCUGAGCACAGUCCUCCCCAGAACUGUAGGGUCCCCCACAGGGGCAGCCCACACCACUGCCCAGGAUGCCCAGCAGGACUGUCCGCUAUGCCCGCUACAGCCCACGGCAGCGGCGCCGUCGGAUGCUGGCCCAGCGCACGGUGCGUUUUCCUAACGAUGUCCUGUUCCUGGACCACAUCCGCCAGGGUGACCUGGAGCAGGUGGGGCGCUUCAUCCGGGCUCGGAAAGUGGCCCUGGACACCAUCCACCCCUCAGGCCUGGCAGCCCUGCAUGAGGCCGUCCUCUCGGGAAACCUGGAGUGCGUGAAGCUGCUGGUGAAAUAUGGGGCCGAUGUCCACCAGCGCGACGAGACGGGCUGGACUCCCCUGCACAUCGCCUGCAGCGACGGGUACCCCGACAUAGCCAGGUACCUCAUCUCCCUGGGCGCGGACAGAGCCGCAGCCAACGACGACGGCGACCUGCCCUCCGACCUCAUCGACCCCGACUUCAAGGACCUGGUGGAGCUCUUCCAAGGCACCAGGAUGGACUGAGCCCCGCGCGCCCGGGGCCGCCCCGGCCGGGGCCCCGCUCCUUGG